AUGAACUUGCACGUCGUCUUCAGUAAUGAGUCUCAGGCCAUCGCAGACAAUGAUCUCGAUACUAUUUCGCCGUUAUCGGCACUACCCCAAGAGUACGGUCCUCUAUCCCAGGAAUCUGUUGGGGUCGUCAAUGCCACGACAGACCCUCCUGUCGAACAACUUUCUCCAGACCAAAUGUUCGCCAGUUCGGUUAGCCACGUCGCACCGCCCUUUCAGUCAUCCGUAAAUGGGCAUGUCACAGAGGGGCAAGCCACAUCUGGCUCUUCAGCCAAACGCUACCCGCACCUUUGUCUUCCCAUCAUGCUCGGCGGUCAGGAGAAAGUGGAGUGCACAUGGCCCGGAUGCGCGAGCAUUCUCAAGAAAGAUAGCCACACUCGCCAUGUGGACAACAUUCAUCUGCGCAAAAUUAAGGCUAUAUGCACUCGCUGUGGAAGAGGAUUCACGCGCACGUACGCGAAGACGAAGCAUGAACUUACGUGUUUUGGUGCACACUCCACACAUAAACGAUGA